GGCGGUGCGUGCGCAUGACGUGGGGGGAGGGCCCGGGCCGCGCGCUCCCGGUCCGUUGUUGUUGCCGCUGGAGGCUGCUCCGAGGCUGCGGGAUCGCGGCGCCGGGAAGCGCCCGGCGGCGGCGGCUACAGCGUGCGCGGCGGUGCCUCCUGGCCUCGGCGCCCCCGGCCCUCGGCCCCAUGCAUUAGCUCCGCGCCGCCGGCUCCGUAGUCCCGGCCCCGCCAGCCCCGCGCGCCCGCUCGCCGCCGCCGCCGCCGCCGCCGCGCCGCCCCGGGCCCGAGCCGGGCCCGCUUCGGGCCCCGCGGCUCCGGAGCCAUGAACUUCCAGGCGGGCGGGGGACAGAGCCCGCAGCAGCAGCAGAGCCUGGCGGCUCCGGGGGCCGGCAGCGGCGGCGGCGGCGGCGCGGGGGGCGGCGGGCAGUUCGGCGGUGCGGGGCCGGGGGCCGGGGGCGGCGGCGGCCCCUCGCAGCAGCUGGCCGGCGGGGCCUCCCAGCAGUUCGCGCUCUCCAACUCGGCGGCCAUCCGGGCCGAGAUCCAGCGUUUCGAGUCCGUGCAUCCCAAUAUCUACGCCAUCUACGACCUGAUCGAGCGCAUCGAGGAUUUGGCACUGCAGAACCAGAUCCGGGAGCACGUCAUCUCCAUAGAGGAUUCAUUUGUGAACAGCCAGGAGUGGACCCUGAGCCGCUCUGUGCCGGAGCUUAAAGUGGGCAUAGUAGGGAACCUGUCGAGUGGCAAGUCGGCCCUGGUGCACCGCUAUCUGACGGGGACCUACGUCCAGGAGGAGUCCCCCGAAGGGGGUCGGUUUAAGAAGGAGAUUGUGGUGGACGGCCAGAGCUACCUGCUGCUGAUCCGAGAUGAAGGAGGCCCCCCCGAGCUCCAGUUUGCGGCCUGGGUGGAUGCAGUGGUGUUUGUGUUCAGCCUGGAAGAUGAAAUCAGCUUCCAGACGGUGUACAACUACUUCCUGCGGCUUUGCAGCUUCCGCAACACCAGCGAGGUGCCCAUGGUGCUGGUGGGCACGCAGGACGCCAUCAGUGCCGCCAAUCCCCGGGUCAUUGACGACAGCAGAGCCCGCAAGCUGUCCACAGACCUGAAGCGCUGCACCUACUACGAGACGUGCGCCACCUACGGGCUCAACGUGGAGCGCGUCUUCCAGGACGUGGCCCAGAAGGUGGUGGCCUUGAGGAAGAAGCAGCAGCUGGCCAUCGGGCCCUGCAAGUCCUUGCCCAACUCACCCAGCCACUCGGCCGUGUCUGCUGCCUCUAUCCCAGCUGUGCACAUCAACCAGGCCUCGAAUGGCGGCGGCAGCGCCUUCAGCGACUACUCCUCCUCAGUCCCCUCCACCCCCAGCAUCAGCCAGCGGGAGCUGCGCAUCGAGACCAUCGCCGCCUCCUCCACCCCCACACCCAUCCGCAAGCAGUCCAAGCGGCGCUCCAACAUCUUCACGUCUCGGAAGGGCGCUGACCUGGACAGAGAGAAGAAGGCUGCAGACGGCAAGGUGGACAGCAUCGGGAGCGGCCGGGCCAUCCCCAUCAAGCAGGGGAUCCUGCUGAAGCGGAGUGGCAAGUCCCUCAACAAGGAGUGGAAGAAGAAGUAUGUGACGCUGUGUGACAACGGGCUGCUCACCUACCACCCCAGUCUGCAUGAUUACAUGCAGAACAUCCACGGCAAGGAGAUCGACCUGCUGCGGACAACGGUGAAGGUGCCCGGCAAGCGCCUGCCCCGAGCCACGCCCACCACAGCCCCGGGCACCAGCCCCCGUGCCAACGGGCUGCCCAUGGAGCGGAGCCACACGCAGCUGGGUGGGGGCACAGGUGCCCCCCACUCGGCCAGCAGCGCAUCCUUGCACUCUGAGCGCCCCCUCAGCAGCUCAGCCUGGGCUGGCCCGCGCCCCGAGGGGCUGCACCAGCGCUCCUGCUCCGUUUCCAGCGCCGACCAGUGGAGUGAGGCCACUGCCCUGUCCCCCGGCAUGCAGCACCCUGCCAGUGACCCAGCUGAGGGACUCGGGUCCAGCCCCAAGCUGGAGCCUCCCCCAUCUCCCCACUCCAACCGGAAGAAGCACCGUCGGAAAAAGAGCACCGGGACCCCCCGACCAGAUGGCCCCAGCAGUGCUGCCGAAGAGGCCGAGGAGUCGUUUGAGUUUGUGGUGGUGUCGCUCACCGGGCAGACGUGGCACUUCGAGGCCUCCACGGCGGAAGAGCGGGAGCUGUGGGUCCAGAGCGUGCAGGCUCAGAUCCUGGCCAGCCUGCAGGGCUGCCGCAGUGCCAAGGACAAGGCUCGCCUGGGGAACCAGAACACAGCUCUGGCGGUGCAGGCCGUCCGCACCGUGCGCGGCAACAGCUUCUGUAUCGACUGCGAUGCACCCAAUCCAGACUGGGCCAGCUUGAACCUGGGCGCCCUCAUGUGCAUCGAGUGCUCGGGGAUCCACCGCCACCUGGGAGCUCACCUGUCCCGGGUCCGCUCCCUCGACCUGGACGACUGGCCGCCCGAGCUGCUGGCUGUCAUGACCGCCAUGGGCAAUGCCCUUGCCAACAGCGUCUGGGAGGGGGCCUUGGAUGGCUAUGCAAAGCCAGGGCCUGAAGCCUGCAGAGAGGAGAAGGAGCGCUGGAUCCGAGCUAAGUACGAGCAGAAGCUGUUCCUGGCGCCGCUGCCCAGCUCGGACGUGCCGCUGGGGCAGCAGCUGCUGCGGGCGGUAGUGGAGGACGACCUGCGGCUGCUGGUGAUGCUCC